AUGUUAGAUCUAAAAAUACGGAAUAAUAAUAAGGAAGAAAUUAAACAAGAACUAUCUGAUAAACAGUUUAUUAAAGAAUUCCGCCUAAGUAAAGGGUUGGCUGGUGAACUCAUUGAAGUAUUAACGCCUUAUAUGUCUGAACCAACAAGAAAAUCGUCAAUUUCAAUAGAAAGAAAGGUUUUGACAGCAUUGCGAUUUUUUGCAAGUGGAUCUUAUCAACUUGAUAUAGGAGAUAACAGGUCUUCAGGCUUAAGCCAAGCUUCUGUGAGUCGAUGCAUAGCUGAGGUCACUGAUGCAAUGAAUAUAUCUGAUGUUGUCAAGCGUUAUAUCCAUUUCCCAGAUAGUUUUGAAAAACUUAAUACUAUCAGGAGAGGAUUUUACGAAAAAACUGGUGUACCGGGAGUUAUAGGUUGCAUAGAUUGCACCCAUAUAGCAAUUUUUCCACCUAAUUCUAAUGGACUAUAUCCGGAACAUAUUUACGUGAACAGGAAAGGAUAUCACAGUAUAAACACUCAACUAGUUUGUGAUUCAGAUGCUACAAUUUUAAACGUAAAUGCAAAUUUUCCUGGUAGUACUCAUGACUCCUAUAUAUGGCGUCAAAGUUGUGUAUCAACGUAUAUGGAAAAUUUACAUAGUAAUGGUCAUUCAUCAUAUUUUCUCUUAGGUGAUUCAGGAUAUCCACUAAGAUCUUGGCUUUUAACGCCACUAAGUGACCCAGUGCCAGAUUCUCCUGAUGCUGGUUAUAAUAAUUGGCAUACAAGUACAAGGUCUACAAUUGAAAGAUUUAGAAUAAAGUACAAUGAAUGGCUAAAAACGUCUGUUUGCGCUAAUUGA